GGAAGACAUAUUUUAUGGAAACAUCUUAUUGACUUAUAUGAAUGGAGUAGGGAAGGUUCAGGGCUAUAUGUGGGAAAUAAGUUGAAAUUGGAACAUGUCAAACUCACUUCUUACUCUCGCAUGAAUGUUGGUCUUGCAGCUCAAGUGCUAAGCAAGUCUGUAGCAGAUAUGUUCAAAACUUUGAGGAAAUCCAAGGAGAAGCAGGAUACAUCUAUCUAUGAUGAUACAACUGAAACAGAAAAGUUUUGCAGAUAUUUUAACUACUUAUUUGAUUGCCUAAAUACCAGACAACUGUAUGAAGCUGAAGAUAAGAGAAAUGAUGCUAUGUUGCCAUACAAAUCAAAGGAUGAUUUACGUUUAAAAUGGCUUGCAAAUGACUUUCUUACUUACCUUGAAAGCUGGCAAAAUUAUGCCCAAACAAGGACAGAUCUUUCUCGUGAUGAAAGAAACAAGUUAACCUUAUCACAUCAGACAAUUGAAGGAUUAAAAAUCACUGUCUAUUCAUUUCUAGAACUGAUACCAUUUUUGCUUUCAUUACAAGGUGCCAAAUUUGUCUUAAGUGAGAAAUUUAACCAGGAUGGAGUUGAAAUAUUUUUUGCAAAGCAACGUGCACGGUGUGGCAGGGGAGAUAAUCCGACAGCAAAGCAGUUCAUGCAUAAUACUCAGGCCAUUAGAACUACAAAAUCUCUGUCAUUUGGAUCCAGUAGUAAUAUUCGAAAGAGGAAACUUUCCUUGAAUGUAGAUGAAUUGAGUCAACCAAUAAGGAAAAAAGCAAGAAACAAAUAAUUGAAAUAAUUCUAAUAACGUCAUGCAUAGUGAGAUAAUAGCAAUAACAAUAGAAAUAAUCAGUUUUGUCAUUUUGAUUUCGUUUCGUAAUGAUGCCUUUUUCUUUGCUGUGUCACAUUUUUUUCAUUUGUCCUCUUCAAGGGGAGAUAAUCCGACAGCAAAGCAGUUCAUGCAUAAUACUCAGGCCAUUAGAACUACGAAAUCUCUGUCAUUUGGAUCCAGUAGUAAUAUUUGAAAAAAACUUCCUUUGAAUAUAGAUGAAUUGAGUUAAAGCAAGAAACAAAUAACUGAAAUAAAUAUAAUAAAGACAUACAUAGUAAUAACAAUAUAGAAAUAAUCAGUUUGCCAUUUUGAGUUCCUUUCGUAAUGCCUUCUUCUUUGCUGUGUCACAUUUUCUUCGUUUGUGCUCUUCCAAUGCCAUAAUUAGCCAUGGAGUGGCCUCUUAUUUUAACCCAUUCUCUAACAAUAUCAUAUAAUAAUUGCAUCAUCUCUUCAGUCUCUUCAAUAUCUAUUACACAUUCACUCCAAACUCUAAGGAUAUCUUCAUUUUUACAUGCCAAUUUAUGUAUUUCCUCUACAUUUUCCUUAUUUGAUAAUUGUUGAUAGGUGAAAAUCUCAACUUCAACAAAUAGCUCAAAACCCAAGUCUGUUACAUAUUUCAAACCACCCCUGUCAGUUG